CGUGUGAUGUACUUUAUGAGAUGUGCUGUUAACAUCAUCUGUGUUCUUCUGUCACAGGUAAAAUGCUGUGGCUACAAAGUCUUAUCCCCUUCAUUGGGAUUGUCCUUUUGUCACAGAUGACACCUGUCCUGACAUCUCAGCAGUUCCACCUCAUCAACGGCUCCCUGACCUGGUCUGAAGCCCAGAGCUUCUGCAGAUUAAAGUACACCGACCUGGCCACGGUGAACAACGUGAGCGACAGGAACGAGCUGGCCAACACCCUUGGCAGUCACGUAACAGACAGCUGGAUCGGGCUUCGAAAGGGAAAUACUCCCAGAUGGAUGUGGUCUGAUGGCAGGGGCACUGCACAAUAUACCAGGUGGAAUGCUGGUGAACCCAACAGCUACAGAGGCAGCGAACAGUGCGGGCAGAUGCUUCAGAUUGGCUCGUGGAAUGACGCACCGAGUGGAUAUACACACGAUUUUGCAUGUUAUGAAGCCCAGCCGGAUGGAACUGACAGCUAUUUGUUUUACCCAGCAAGAGCAACCUGGGAGGAGAGUCAAGAGCAGUGCAGAACUAAACACACUGACCUGGCCUAUAUAAGCAGUGACUUGAAUAAUUCAGCUGUUGCCGGUCAAGCCAACGCAUGGAAGAACACUAUGUGGAUAGGACUGUUCAGUGAUGCCUGGAUGUGGUCUGAUGGAGGAGAAACCUCAUUCAGGUACUGGCUGAGGGGCUCCAGUUCUCCGGGAGACUGUGUUUCUGUUGCAGUGACACAGCAGGGACGCUGGGUUGCAGCUGAUUGCAACAAGAAGUCUGCAUUUGUCUGCCAUGGCGCUCUCAAACUGAGGAGGACGUUAAUGAGAAUGACGGUGCGCUCUGAUGUCGACCUCACUGACUCCACAACCAGCGAUGCUCUUCUGGAAAAGUUGAAAAUGAGCCUGAGACAACAGGGGAUUACUGAUUUCAGUCUCAGCUGGAGAAGGGACAGCAGUGGACUCGCCUUUCAACGUCAUAAGUAGUAAAAGAGGGUGGCUUCCUAAUCUUAAAAUGCAUGCUCUUUGUAGUCCAACAACAUAUAAACAAACCUAGCCUCCAGUGUUUACUGAUGAUAGACUUAUGUUGGAUUUCUGUUUUAUAGAAUAAAUAAAGCCAACGUUUAAGCCUGCGAGAAUUCAACACUUUACCAUUUGGGCCAAAAGAAUGUGAUAUCAUUUUUAACACAAGUACAUAUCGGUGCAAAACAAACCAGAAUCAUCCUUUGGUUAUUGUGUUGAAAUAUGUCUGAAAAUCUGCUUUUACAGAUCAGAUUUUCGCCUCAAUACAGAAACCGUUAACCAGAAGUGCCACUAUGGAUUUGAUAUGACCGUUGGGGUUAAAAUGCUCUGAGUUUUUCUCACUGUCUUGUAAGAACUUUAGGAUAAAGCCUGAGCAACCGCGAGUUAUUUUGAAAUAAUCGACCUUUACGUUUUUAAGGUUUGCGCCUCGUUAUGAAAGUGUCACAUGUUCUGACGUCUGUUUUUCCAUAAUGUGCACUAUGUACUUGCUUUUCCACAUGUCUACCUGCGGAGAGAGUCAGUGUGUGCUGCCGUUUCUCUGACAGGUUGUUGUAAUGGAAACUUCUGGAGCAUAGAGUCGAAGCAAAAUGUACAGUACAAACCGAUAAACUGGGUCAAAGUUUAAGACAGUAAACAGAAGCAGUGUUUUUAACCUCUCCUUUUGAAUGUACUCCAUGUAA